CACACACCUAUACCCAGGUUUCCACCCGAUUCUCGACUACUACGUCCACCUAAAACUCACUCACUCGUUUGCUCUCUCCCGUGAGUUUCUGGUGCCUGCUCGACCAUCUAUCAUUAAACUAUAAAAAAAUUUAUUUAUUUAUUUAUUCAUUCAUUCAUUCAUUCAAAUUAUUUUUUCAAACUAAACUUACGCUACAGUGAAGAUGUCAAUAAAUAAUUUUUAAAAAUAAACGAACUGUAGCAAUUUAUACGGUCACUGGUGUGCCGGAUGAGUAAUGCGAGGCUGUAAAAAAUAAACGGAAGUGAAUGUUACCGAGUGACGAGUUUUAGUUGAGUAUAAAAACCCAAGAUAGGAAAUAAAUUGAGGGGAAGUAAAAAAGAGGGGAGGGUGGGAGGGGAAAAGGGAGAAAGGAAGAAGAGAGGACUGAGAGAAGAAUAGGAAAUAAUUUAAACGUGGACGCGCCCAGUGUGCUAUGAUCAGUCAGUGUAUUAACACGUUUAAUAAUAAUAUUAAUAAUAAUCAUAAUAAUCGUUGAUUGAAAUUUUCUUUCGAGGUUGAGUUUGAAGUUGGGUUUUAAUUUGGAUUUGGGUUCGGGUUCGGGUUCGGGUCUGGGUGUUGAAAAGUAAAGAGUUAAAAAAUGUCGGACAGCGAAGACACCGAUGGCUCGGGAAUUGUCGAGUGGCCGGUGACGAAAGAAUGGCUGGAGAAUGUAUUGUCUAUUUAUCAUGAUGCCAAUGCUGGUAAUGAUGGCGGAAGGGGGGAAGGGGAGAAGAUAACGGGGCCAAAGGUGACGGUCGAGGAGUUCGAGGUGAGCCCUGGAUGCACUUUAGGCGAGAGUGUGUUGAGUGACAUACUCGCGGUCAGCAUGGACUACACGAUUAAUGGAGAUGACAAAGUUAAACUCAGUGUUAUUGUUAAAUUACUGCCCCAAGAUCCUUUCAGUAGGUUUUUCGUCACCGAGGCACAAUUUGAUUUGAGAGAAAUCAAAUUUUAUACGCAGGUAGUUCCCGACUUGAAAGCCUUCCAACGAAAGCAACUAGCGAACUCUAGCGGCACAGAAUUCGAAUUACCAAUACCCAAUUGCAUACACGCCCACUAUAAAUCUGCUGGAGGUACUGAGGACACACCAGAGCCUCCAGAAUCAUUUUUAAUUCUAGAAAAUUUACGGACUCGCGGUUACGAAGGAGCUGAAUUUUCCCGAGGACUUACUCUAAGACAAGCAGAGGCCGCCCUGAGCGCAAUAGCGCGUCUGCACGCCCUCUCACUCAGUCUUAAAGUAAAGGAGGCCAGAUCACUCAGCGAAAAAUACCAAUUUCUAUUUCAAACUGCGCGCGCAACUGAUUCGUAUCAGCAAUUGGUAGAGCGGGGACUGCCACAGUUGGCUCGGUUUCUAGAACGCCGCCCGGGGUCUGAGGCCGUUCUAGAAGAUCUUCUAGCUUUGCGACCAAAAACAAAAGAAAUAAUUUCUUCACUUCUCGCUCCUGAAGAUCCUCUGGCAUUAAUAACUCACACUGAUUUUUGGUGUAAUAAUUUAUUAUUCAAAGAUGAAGAUGACGAAUGCAAGUGCGCCAUCUUGGAUUGGCAGAUGGUAACUUACAGCCGGCCGACCAAUGACAUCGCCCUACUGCUGGUCAGUUCAGUCCCUACGGAACUCAGGCGACUCCAUACUACGGCGCUUCUAGACAAAUAUUGGCAGACACUCAUAGAAACUUGUCUACCUCUAGGAGUUAAUAUUCUAGAUGAUUUAAAUUAUACCAGAGAAGAUUUGGAUAAAGAUUACAGAAGAUCGCAACUACUGGCGCUGCUGCUGUGCAUUGGAUCUGUAGAUGUCGCUCUCGGCGAUCCGCUUACGGAACAAAGGCUCAUAGACCUUCUAGAAGAUUUACAUAACGACGGGGUGCUCAGUCUAGAAACUGCUAAUGUUAUGUGAUUUUUUUAUUAAGAUAUAAAAUAUGACUUUGGAAUAUUUUAUAAUUUUUUAUGGAUUUUAAUUUUUUGUGAACUUUCUAGAAGUUAAUUUUUUUAACUUCUGAAUGGAGUUUUUGAUAUUUUGGAACCGCGAUAACAAAAAAUUAAUUCUUGUGAAGAAUACAAAAUUUCUGGGAGUUUGAAUUUUUUACUUUCUUGAUAAUUUUAGUUUGUAACUUUCUAAAAGUUUUUCUGUUUUUUUGUAAAAUUUUGUAUCAAGGUUUUCUAUGAUGAUUUUAAAAUAAAAUUUUAGUUAUUCUGAAAAUUAAUCUCAUAGAAAGUUAAAUUCUAUAGAAUUUUCUACCGUUGUUAUUUUUCUUAAACUGAAAAAUAUUUCUUAAAAAAAAAAAUAUGAAAAUCACAAAAAAAUUCUCAUAGGAAAUUGAAUUUUUCAACAUUCUAGAACUAAUUAUCAUCUCAAUGUCACUAAAAUAAUAAAAACCAAAAUGAACUGCAUAAAUUAAAAGAAAUCUCAUAGAAAGCUAAAAAAAAUUGUUUUUCUAAAAUUAUUUUGUAACAUCAAAUUUUAAAAAAUCAAAAUAAAUUCUGUGUCAAAAAUGUAUUUAAAAAUUUUUCAUCUAGACAAUUUUCUAGAAUUUUUUCAAUUUAUUUAGAAGAAUUAUGAAAGUUUGCGAUCAAACUCAGAGACCAAUAACAAAAAAAUUAACAACUUUGAAAACAAUUAAUGUCUCGAAAUCAUUAAUAGUGAGCCGAUGAAUUAAUAAAAAUUAAUUAAUUACUAAUGAUUAAUUAUUAAUUAUUAACAAUAAAAGGCUCUCUAGAGCUUUUUGCGUGCUAUGAGCUUCCGAACUUUGAAUGAAAUAAUUAAUUGAUUAAUUAAUCAAGUAAUAAAGUAAAUGAACGAUUGUAAUGCAAACGCAUAAAUGCUGCGCUAAUAAAAGUAAAAAAAAAUUUUAAUAUUUUUUUUAAUAAUUAAUAAAAGUGUCCAAUUAAUCAUAUAUUUAAAUUUAUAAUUGUUAUUUAUAUUGUUUAUUAAUUAUAAUUUAUUAUUAUUAUUAUUAUUAUAAUUAAUACUAUUAUUAUGACUAAUAAAUCAAUGGAUAAAUAAA